AUGGGGGCCUCUCAAAGCCGUCAGCAGCAGCUUUUGCUGCUUGGGCUGUUGGGGUUUUGCUGCUGGUGCUGCUGCAGCAGCUCUGCUGUGGGGGAGUCGAGGAGCGAGUUGGUUGAGGGAGCAACGGCUGGGGCAGCAGAUCACGAAAGUUUCGCGGAGACUGCAGCAGCAGCAGCAGCAGCAGCAGCAGCAGAUGAGCCUUCUGAGCGACAAAUGCUUGAGGUCUUGGAGGGGCUUGCCGCUGAGGGCUUGAGGGCUUUAGGCCCCCCCCCACCGCUGGAGGUUCCGGACUGGAGCGAAGGGCUGAUUGAUCGCGAGCACCGAACCCAAAAGAGUAGCAGCAGCAGCAACAGCAGCAGCAGCAGCAGCAGCAGAACUCGUGUCCAUUUUAGGGGUCCGUUCCCCCCCACCAGAGCUUGGACUCCUGUUUAUUUCUCUGGCUAUGGAGAUCACUACCCCAUGGGGCCCCUUCUCCUUGCAUGCAAACCGCAGCCAGGCGGAAGAGCCAUCUGCGACGUUGUCCCCAGCACCCCAUACACCCCACCCCCUGGAGCAACACUGUAUCGCGCAUGGAGUUUGUGGGGCAAUCAGAUGACUGGAGGGGCAUUUGUGUCUGUAGAGACUGGGGUCCAUGGUUUAGAAAGGGGCCCAAUGGGGGCCCCUACUCCUUGCUGCGAGACUUCAAACAACGCUGCUAAUUGCAUGGGUUGCAUGGGCCUGCCAACAGCAGCUUAUGACCCCCUCAAGACAGAGACGGAGACACCUAUGGAAUCUAAAGAUAGACAUGGAGGCGGUGGGGCAGACGCGGAAGGAGACAGUGCAGCAGACAAAGAUCACAGUGCUGCAGCAGCAGAAGGGGACUACUGGCCUGUUGGUGUUGCAGAAAGUUUCAGCCCCGUCGCUCCACAGGAACUCUUUUCACUUCUCCCCAAGCUGCAGCAGCAACUCGGAGGAAACCCAGAUCCCGCAAAUCUGCCUUGCAGAGUGACUGCAAAUCCUCCCCAGGGCAUCCCCACGCUCGGCGACAUCUUGCGCUCCCGCUCGGAUUUGACUCUGUUUGAAUCGAUGUUGAAGACUUCGAGCAUCCAGCAGCUGGUUCCUUGCCCAUUAACCUUCUUCGCUGUUCCCGAUGACAAGGCGAGAGACUUUCAAGGAGGCCGACCCCCUCCCUGUCUGGCUAAGGCUCUUGCUCGCCCAGAGAACCAGAGGAAUGUCCUCAAACUUAUAGGGCGGCUGACGGCCUUAGGCCGCGUUCAGAAUAUGGUCCCUGGUACUUCUGUGCCGGUGUUGCAUGGAAACCCAGGAAGAGUUGGAAGAAGAGGGCAGUUACCCACUUGGAAUGGAAUCGACCUUGAUAAGCAGCCCAUUGUCUUCGACAGAGGGGUUAUUCAUACGCUGGCUCGCAAUGACUUGGCGGACGGCGAGAGUCGAGAGUUGCUGCGUCAGGUUGUUUACUACGACUGUCUCCAUGACCAUUUGGUGCAGCAUCCUUCUUUGACGCGGUUUGCUCUUCUCAUGGUAGAUAACCGCAGGUCUCUCCCCAUAAUCGGCAUGCCGCCAGGCCCUCGUCCUGACUGGGUGGCUCGGGAUAACCCGGGUUGGUUUCCCCCUCCAACCUCGCCGAGAUCAGCAGAGGUUCCUGAGGAAGAUGCAAAACAAGAAGCAGGAGACAAGACGCAGCAGCAGCAGCAGGCAGAUAAGUCCGGCGCCGCCAAAGAAGACAGUCAGGAGACAGACACUGCAGCAAAGGACACUCCAGGAGCGAAGAAAGAGAAGAAGGAAGCAGCUGCAGAAGAGGAAAGAAGCGCGAAAACACCAGUCCACCCAGCAGCUGGAGGAAGAGCAGCAGCAAAGCCAAAACAGGAGACGGAAGAGCCCCAAGUAGGUCAGACAGCACCGGAAGAAGCAGCUGCAGAGGAAGGAGCGGCAGAAAAGUCAGAGGAAGCCCCUGCAAAGUCGGUCAAGGAGUCAGCUCCUGAUGCUCGAAGCAGUGACCCGGACUACAAAGAACAGCAGCGCCCAAAAGAAGCAGCUGCAGCCGCAGGUGCUGCAGAACCAGCGGAAGGACAAAAGAGCGAGCAAAGCGGCAAAAAGUGA